UGGUGCCUAUAAAUGGCUGCGCUGUGCUCAGCGAGGCAUCAGUCCGCUACCGCGGGACUCGGGGCUGUGUCAGGUCUGGAAGUGGAGCAGGAGCUGACCGAAGGAGCUGCCGCUGGGCCGGGGUGGAACACAGCUUUGCACCGGGGUCUUAAGGAGGGGUGUGUUGCUGCGGGCUCACUGCGAGCCGCCUCUAGCCUGCGCCGAGGCACCUUCCCGCCAGGCCGUCUGCCUCUGUCUUCCGCCUCCCUCCAUUUCCCCGGAAUCUCAGCCCGGCGCGGCUGGACCCUGGCUCUCCUGUGGGUGGGAAAGCCCCAGCCUUUUUCCUGCUAUACUCCAGUCCCCCAGGCUGGCCUAACAGCCUUCUCUCGCCUUUUCCUGCGGAGUGGGUCUCAUCCUUUUCCGUCUUUAGCACAGGCUCCUUACCCCUCCCCUCUAGCCGAGUUCCAGCACCCUGGUGAUUUUCCUUAGCCAAAGGUCCUAGCCUGCCUUCCUCCUUCCCCUUGCCCGUGGUCCAGCCUAUCCCGGCCCUUCCCCUGUCUUCAGGACGCAGUUUCCCCGAUUUCUUUCUCUCAGCCUGAAGUUCUGGAUCCUUUGGGUUUCCUCCUUAAUCCCUCCAAGGUACUUAUCCCCCUUUUGCAGUUUGGACUUUGAGAACGAAAAUACUUAUCUAAAACAUGAACUUUUCCUAGAGACUGCCCCAGUCUCACCCCAUCUGCAGACUCCUUGCUUACCUAUGUCCCAGGUCUUACACGCGCUUGGCUAAGGGCUGAGGCCUCCUAGGCUGGGGGAUCAGUAUGAUGCGUUGGUGGUCCGGCGUCUGGGGACUUUAUCCACCUCGGAUCUUCCCCUCCUUGCUGGUGGUGGUUGCCUUGGUGGGACUGUUACCUGUUCUCAGGAGCCACGGCCUCCAGCACAGCCCUACUGCCAGCACCAUCAGAGGUUCUGAACCACCCCGGGAACGCUCAAUUGGGGAUGUCACCACGGCUCCAUCAGAACCUCUUCACCACCCAGACGACCACAAUUUGACCAACUUAAUCAUUGAACAUGGCGGUAAGCCAUCUCGGAAGGCCUUUCCAGUCCUGGACAUUGACUACCCUCACGUGCGCACACCCUUUGAGAUCUCCCUCUGGAUUCUCCUGGCCUGCCUCAUGAAGAUAGGCAAGGAACCCGAGGCUCAGAGAGUUAACAGAGCGGCCUUCUGAGACCAAGCCUGUGCACCUCUCGCCAACUGCUCUCCUGGUCCCCAGUCCUGUCCCCAACCUUCUGUUCUUCUGGCUCCCCUGAAAAGCCCACGGCCUCCCGUUCUCUCGCCCUUCACAGGUUUCCAUGUGAUCCCCACCAUCUCGAGCAUCGUCCCGGAGAGCUGUCUGCUGAUCGUAGUGGGGCUGCUGGUGGGGGGCCUGAUCAAGGGCGUCGGAGAGACGCCCCCCUUCCUGCAAUCAGACGUCUUCUUCCUCUUCCUGCUGCCACCCAUCAUCCUGGAUGCAGGCUACUUCCUGCCUCUGCGGCAGUUCACGGAGAACCUGGGCACCAUCCUGAUCUUUGCUGUGGUGGGCACACUGUGGAAUGCGUUCUUCCUGGGUGGCCUCCUGUACGCCGUGUGCCUGGUGGGCGGCGAGCAGAUCAACAACAUUGGCCUGCUGGACACCCUGCUCUUUGGCAGCAUCAUCUCUGCCGUGGACCCCGUGGCUGUGCUGGCUGUCUUCGAGGAGAUCCACAUCAACGAACUGCUACACAUCCUUGUCUUCGGGGAGUCCCUGCUCAACGAUGCCGUCACUGUGGUCCUCUAUCACCUCUUUGAGGAGUUUGCCAGCUAUGACUCUGUGGGCAUCUCGGACAUCUUCCUCGGCUUCCUGAGCUUCUUCGUCGUGGCCCUCGGUGGGGUGUUUGUGGGCGUGGUCUACGGGGUCAUCGCAGCUUUCACCUCACGAUUUACCUCCCACAUCCGCGUCAUCGAGCCACUCUUCGUCUUCCUCUACAGCUACAUGGCUUACCUGUCAGCUGAGCUCUUCCACCUGUCCGGAAUCAUGGCCCUCAUCGCCUCAGGAGUGGUGAUGCGCCCCUAUGUGGAGGCCAACAUCUCCCACAAAUCGCACACCACCAUCAAGUACUUCCUGAAGAUGUGGAGCAGUGUUAGCGAGACCCUCAUCUUCAUCUUCCUCGGUGUCUCCACCGUGGCGGGCUCCCACCAGUGGAACUGGACCUUCGUCAUCAGCACCCUGCUUUUCUGCCUCAUCGCCCGGGUACUGGGUGUCCUGGUCCUGACCUGGUUCAUCAACAAGUUCCGCAUUGUCAAGCUGACCCCCAAGGACCAGUUCAUCAUUGCCUACGGGGGCCUGCGAGGGGCCAUUGCCUUCUCACUGGGCUACCUCUUGGACAAGAAGCACUUCCCCAUGUGUGACCUGUUCCUCACCGCCAUCAUCACCGUCAUCUUUUUCACAGUCUUUGUGCAGGGCAUGACCAUUCGGCCCCUGGUCGACCUGUUGGCCGUGAAGAAAAAGCAAGAAACAAAGCGCUCCAUCAACGAGGAGAUCCACACACAGUUCCUGGACCACCUUCUGACAGGCAUCGAGGACAUCUGUGGUCAUUAUGGCCACCAUCACUGGAAGGACAAGCUCAACCGUUUUAAUAAGAAGUAUGUGAAGAAGUGCCUGAUAGCAGGAGAACGCUCCAAAGAGCCCCAGCUCAUCGCCUUCUACCACAAGAUGGAGAUGAAGCAGGCCAUCGAGCUGGUGGAGAGCGGAGGCAUGGGCAAGAUCCCAUCUGCUGUCUCCACUGUCUCUAUGCAGAACAUCCACCCCAAGGCUGUGACCUCAGAUCGCAUCUUGCCAGCACUGUCCAAGGACAAGGAGGAAGAGAUCCGCAAAAUCUUGAGGAGCAAUCUGCAGAAAACGCGGCAACGGCUGCGGUCCUAUAACAGACACACGCUGGUGGCCGACCCCUACGAGGAAGCCUGGAACCAGAUGCUGCUCCGGAGGCAGAAGGCCCGGCAGCUGGAGCAGAAGAUCACCAACUACCUGACAGUACCGGCCCACAAGCUGGACUCGCCCACCCUGUCUCGGGCUCGCAUAGGCUCAGACCCACUGGCCUAUGAACCCAAGGCAGACCUGCCUGUCAUCACCAUUGACCCAGCCUCCCCGCAGUCCCCCGAGUCUGUGGACCUGGUGAACGAGGAGUUGAAGGGCAAGGUCCUAGGGCUAAACCGGGGUCCCAGGGUGACUCCGGAGGAGGAGGAGGAGGAGGAAGAUGAGGACGGCAUCAUCAUGAUUCGGAGCAAGGAGCCCUCGUCCCCGGGCACCGAUGACGUCUUCACCCCUGGAUCAAGUGACAGCCCUAGCUCCCAGAGAAUACAGCGCUGCCUCAGUGACCCAGGCCCCCACCCUGAGCCUGGGGAGGGAGAGCCUUUCAUCCCCAAAGGACAGUAGAGCCAAGCUAGUGGGUGUCCCACAGACUCUCCCACGAGAGUGGGGGCUGGGCGCUCCCCUUGACCUGGAUUGGCUCUGCCCCCUUUCUCCGCAUGGCAGCUGGGCGCACAGCCCCCACUGCAGCACGGCUUGCCCCUGCCUCCUGGGAAGGGUCCUCUCCUACACAACUGCCUUCCCAAUCCAUCCAUUUGGCAGAACAGCUGCGCUGCCGAGGCACGCCCUGCCCCAUCUCUAGAUCCAGGCUCUCCCAUAGUGGAACCAGGGCUCCUCAAGGCCCUCCCUUCCCUCCAGCCCCCUCCUCAUCCAGACCAACCUUCCAUCCUUGAUCAUUUCUAACCAAAGAGCCACUGGCUCCACUGUGGUCCCACCAGGAAAGGAGGGAGCUGAACCUUCCUUGGCCGUGACUGGGCCCCCCUGUAUCAGAGGACAGCAGGCCUGUGGCUGGGAAACAGACGGGUGACCCAUGGCAGAGCCGCCCAUGGCAGAGCCACAGUUCUCCCGCUAGCCUCGGUGCUCUGGCCAGCCGCCUGAGCUGUCCUUACUCGGAGCUGCAGGCUGAGGCGUCUCUGAGCUUCUCUGCUGGGCACUGGGGCACAUUCCACAGUGAAGUGUGAUGAGGACCACUGGGCCUUUGUGGGGUUUACACGGGAGGGACUGUCCGAGGCUCUGGAAAGUGCCGUCUUCUUACAUUUGGUUUAUUUGCACCUCACCGUAAGUAUGAUUCUGUUUGCACAGAGGCACUCUUGUUUUCAGACCCUUUUGAGUCCCCCAUGCCAGUCAGAGUUCCACCCUUUCCCCCUUGUCCUUCCCUUAAAUGGAACCUCUGCUGCCUGGGCGCUUGCCCACAGCACAGAUUCUGAUGUGGCCCAACCUGUCAUGACUCAAGCCCACCAGCAGGGGGCCUCCUGGUACCUCCCUUGCUCUUUUACUUCUGUUGGCCAGUUCUACCACCACCCCUUAUCUGGACCACUCUCUUUCCUGCAUCCUGUAGACAGUACUGGACCCCCUAGAGGCCUUUGCUCACAGGCGCACACUCCCUACUGCCACCAUGGCUGGGGCCAAGCCCAUGGGUGUCUGCCCAACCCCUGGGCACUCCCUCCCCAGGAUCGUGCAAUAAUAGUCAGAGGGGUCCCUCCCAGGGGAUGGGGUGCUUGGCCCAGCUGUCUCCUCUCCAUGCAAGUGCUGUUUGGGGCAGGAGUUGCCAGGCAGGGUGACAUCGACAACCAUGUACAAAGCCACCACAGCUGCUGCCGCUCUGCCGCCUGUACAAAGGAAACUGAACCUUUUUCAUAUUCUAAUAAAUCAAUGUGAGUUUUUGAUAAGA